AUGGCUCCCAAGAUCGCGAUUGUGUACUACUCCAUGUACGGCCACAUCAAGAAGAUGGCCGAUGCUGAGUUGAAGGGUAUCCAAGAGGCUGGCGGUGAUGCCAAGCUCUUCCAAGUCGCCGAGACCCUCCCUCAAGACGUCCUCGACAAGAUGUACGCGCCUCCCAAGGACUCGUCGGUCCCCGUUCUCGAGGACCCAGCCGUCCUCGAAGAAUUCGACGGCAUCCUCUUCGGCAUCCCCACCCGCUACGGCAACUUCCCCGCACAAUUCAAGACCUUCUGGGACAAGACGGGCAAGCAAUGGCAACAAGGCUCCUUCUGGGGAAAGUACGCCGGUGUCUUCGUUUCGACGGGCACCCUGGGCGGUGGCCAGGAGACGACUGCCAUUACCAGCAUGAGCACGCUUGUGCACCACGGUUUCAUCUACGUUCCCCUGGGCUACAAGACUGCGUUUAGCAUGCUGGCCAACUUGGACGAGGUCCACGGUGGAAGCCCAUGGGGUGCUGGUACUUUUUCUGCCGGCGAUGGAUCGAGGCAGCCCAGUGAGCUUGAGUUGAACAUUGCGCAGGCUCAGGGUAAGGCUUUCUACGAGGCUGUUGCCAAGGCGCAUCAGUGA